GGAGUUGUUGCAAAAUGCAAUCCUAUUUUAGUUCGAACAGCUUAAAAGAAGCAGAGCACGCUGAAUUGAACGGACCAGAGAACACGCCUGGUUAUCUCGCGACGUUGACUCACCCUGGAGUACCUCCUCCGAAUCGCCGACUCGUGAUGCGCCUGUUGAUGCGGCAUAUGUGACGCGGCACUGUGAGAAAUCCUAGGGUAGAGAUAUUGCAGACAUGCUACAGUUAUUCCUACAGCACGUAUCUCGCAGGCCCGAGGCUAAACAACCCGAUCUCCUGCAGAAGUGUCUCAAGGAGGUUGCGCGCGUUCUCAACAAGAUGCCAGCUGCAGAUAGGUUUCAUCCUUCUCGCAUCAAGGAAGCCCUCGACAGCUUCGCGUCGGAGCGAGUUGAAACUACAUCCUACGGGUCUUUUGUUCAAGCUUCAAACAUCGCAUUUACAUCCCUUGCAGGACUCCAAGUCAAGGGAAUGCUUGAUACGCCCUCAAACCUUGACAUCAUUUUUCAAGUGAACGAUCAUCCUAUCCACCAAGAUCACCAGGACCGCACAUCGAAAUGGAAGCCCGACGUUGUCAUUCUUCCUUACGCAUGCGCAUUCGCUGGCUUGCCCGAGGAGAAUCGCGAUAUGGGCGCCGAUGAUUACAAGCUCAUCAGUGCAGCCACAAAGCCGAAAAAGAAACUCUUUUGGAAAGAUGUGCUAGCUUGUAUCGAGUUUAAGAGACCAACGAAAAAGCUUUCACAGUGUCCCCUUUCUUAUGAAGUGGCGCCGUAUAAGCCUACCCAUCCAGAAUAUCGGCGCGUGGAACCUCCUGAGACCGGCACGCCUGCGAUUGCAGCGGUAGACUCUGCCCAGACCCCAGCAAUCCUGCCAGUACCUGAUGCUGAACGACGUAAGUGGUGCAUUUACGACCCGGGUGUUAAACUAAACCAGCUCAGCUGUACGACGUUCGUCUCGUCUUGCUGUAAGCUCUCAAAAUCCAUCCAACGACUCCAGCAAGCGCAAGGCCGCCGAACCUUUGGAAUCCGCCAGCAAGCGCGCCAAGACUGACGACGACACGGAACCCGACCCCGGAACCCAAGCUAGAUGUGACUGUCCAAACAGGGCUAUACGCUGCCGAAAUGUUUGCUGCCAAUGUUGCUGUCAAACAUCUUGUCAAUCUCGUCGUUGUCGGUAGGCGUCUUGCGGAUUCUACGAACA